AUGUCAGAAGCUGAACAACCUCAAUCUACUUCUACUACUACAAAUACAUCCGCUGCUGCUCCUGCACCUAACAAUGACAAGUCAGCAACAGCAACAACACCAACGACAUCAACAACUUCAUCAUCAUCAUCAACAUCAACACUAUCAAUAGGAUGUAUUAAUAUAAUCAAUAAGAAGGCUAAUGCAAUUAGAAGACAGUUGGCAACGGUAACUCCUAUAACGGUGUGGUCGGCAUUGUCUUUGAAGCAUGAUAAUAUAGAUCAUCUGUUGGACGAUCAGUUGCUACAGGCCAUUCAAUCAUUGCACCCUGUCACCUUGGCUCAGGUUGGCAAGCGCACCUCCGACACUACCACUGCUUCACAACAAAAGGCAAUCGAUUCGACAACAUCACUUCAAGGCUCAUCAGCUACUAUAUCAUCGACGCUAACUGCUCACACAUCGGACGACACCCUUGAGACGGGCAAGGCAUCACGCAAGGCCAUUGCGGCAAACGUUGAUACACUGGUCAACACAUUACAAGGUCUACUGCCACUGUACACUGCUGGUGGCAACUCCAGUGCCAACCCGAUAUACCAACAGGGUCGUCGCAGGGGCAAGGGCAAGAACAGACGCGCGCGCUACGACCCCUCAGUGACCUACAAGGUGGGCAAGCACUUUGUGCUGGCCAACGUGCUGGUGGACCAGCUGCAAGUUCUACUCGACUACCUCUUUGUGUGCUCGCUGCACAUUGAGAAGCUGCGUGACUACUGGGAGAGCAAGAACAACAACCCUUCAUGGUAUAUCUUGGAGAAGUCGCCUCUGUUUUGGCUGCGCUACUGGAAUCAAGAGUUGGUGAAGCGCGCCAGGUUCGAGAAGACCCUUCAGCGACUGCACAAAGCAUCCAACUACACAUCCCCAUUCAUUACACUCAACAACAAACUCAAUCGUAUCAAGCGAAAGGUCAUCAGAUUGUUUAACAAUGCCACUGGUCUGGCCUCGGGCGAACAACAACAAGACGACGCCAACACCAGCGACAACAACAACAUCAGUGAUGACGAGGACAUCAGUCCAAACAUCAGUGACACCGAGUCAUCACCAAUCUCAUCCGAUGAUGAGGGCGGUGAGAAGCAGCAAGUGCCAGGCAGCAGCAACGCUAGAACAACAACAAAGGAGACUGAAGAGAUUCUGCACCCAACAAAGGAGUUGGAGCGACAUCUGUUGUUGCUAGAGAAGAUGCAGAAACUGGUGGCCACUGCCAUUGGCCGACUUACCUACUUCCUUGGCGACAUGCAGCAGUUUGAGACACUGGCCGAGUUCGCAGUCAUCAGCUCACAGGCACUAAUUCUCUUCCACGACACCAUGGUCAUGUUCUUUGCCAAUCUCGAUCAUGCCGAUGCGACAGGUGCUGACAGCAACAACGAAACAAUCAACUAUCAUAUCAAUCAGCUGGUGGAGAUGAGCAAGCUGAUACAACAGUUGCUGAGCAGUGAUGACGACUUUGACCUGUCGACGGCGGCGCCCUCGGGCAAAGCCCGAGUUGACGUGGAUGUCUUGGUACAACGCGACAUUGAGAAGUAUCAAGAGUCACUCUACUACAUGGCCACUGAGAAUAGCAAGAGAAUGAAACAGUUCAUUGUGUUUAUGGACAAGAAGAUCAAGGACGAACAGCCACCAAACGCCCUCGUCAGGAACUGGGCGCGUAUCACUAUUGGCGCAGUCGUGUUGACACUGGCCGUCAAGUAUUCCUACGACAACUUUGGCGAAUUUAAAGCAUCCGUGAUCGACUACUACAACGCCUGGCUGCGAUUCUCUAAGGAACACAUUGAACUGCCCCUGCGCAACAUCUGGAACGUCAUUCGCUAUGAUAAGAAGACGCUGAAUGUUUCGGAUCCCGUCUCAUUCCAGACAUCCCUCGAGUCUCUACAAAGAAUGGUUGUUGACUACAGCAAGAAAAAUUCAACAUUAUCAAAGGACGAGGUGCAACAUCUGGUUGAAAUGGUGGCGCGUGGCGAUAUCUCCUCUGUGAUGAAGCCCUAUGAAGCCAACAUUGAGGCGCCCCUUCGCAACCUGGUCUUUGGAGACCUGGUCCAACUUCUGCUCAUCCAAGUCCAAAAGGAGAAGGUGGAUGUGGACAAGGCAAUGCUGGCCAUCGACAAGCUGCUCCAAUCAAACGAACUCAACUUCCAGCUGAUGGCCGCCAUCCCAUCGGUGCUCAUUCUUGGUGGCUUGUUCUAUCAGAUCAACAAACUGAUCCGUGUCGACAACAAGUCUGCACGUGUACUUCGCGCACAGACCAACAUAUUGUCCACGCUGCGUGGCAUGCAUCGUCAGCUCACAUUGGGCAUGAACUAUGUGCUGCCAGGCUACUUGUCGCCCCUGGUCAUUGCAUCGCCGGCCACAUACUUCAAGACCUUCUAUCCAGGCCUGAUGACUACAUUGGCACUUGGAAUCAACGAAAAUGGACCAUUGGCAUCGGAGGAGGAGUUGAGACGCCAGUGCAUACCAUUUGAGCAGUAUGGCACACUGUUGCUCUCGGCCAACAAGCUAAAGCAACAUGUUCAGAACCUCAAGAGCAGCACAACCGAGAAUCAGUGGCUGUUGGAGGACCUUCAAGAUCUCGAAUCAGACAGUCUGAGCAACAAACAAAAGAUACUCAGCAUUCAGCGUAUGUUCAGCACCUACUCCUUCCUCAAAUAA